CCAUUUUUUAGAGCAUUUACUAAGAGCAAAGAAUUCAGGAUCACAUGUGAACGCAUUGUUGUCCCCCAAAUUCUGAUCAAAUUGAACGAAAUAUAGGAAACCCAACAAUAGGGCCAUGGUCCGAAUCCAACAGGGCAGGAAGAUCCAAACCCUCCCGAUCCCGGCAUAAAUAGCACGGACCCAAGAAAAGCAUCGCCCACGCACGCAUUCGUCUGCUUCCUUUCCGGCGCAAGAAACCGCCAUGGCCCACCACGACGACGAGGCCCCGUCGCCGCGGCCCUCCUUCGCCGGCUGCUACUCCUUCCUCCGCUCCGCGCCGUCGUCCCGUCGCGCGGGGGGCUACCGCCGGCUCGACUCCGCGCUGGCGCUCAAGGGAGCGGCGGAGGUGAGGGUGGAGGUCGGGACGGCGAGGGAGAGGAGGAGCGUGUUCCACGUCGACCCAGCCGUGCUGGAGGCCGGGCCGGUGCGGCGGCUGCUGGUGGCCGCGGGGAGGAGGCUCACCGGCGGUGCGGUGGCCGUGGCCGUGGAUGCCUUGCUGUUCGAGCACCUGCUGUGGCUGGCGACGGCCGCUGGAAGUAGCGAAAGGGUGGACGAUGAUGACUCUGCCGCUGCUGACUUGUCGGAGAUCGUGGAGUUCUACUCGCAGGACGACGACGACCAUGGCUUCUAGAUUCCAAUGCUAAGUUAAUUCUUCUAAAUUCGCGUCAUUUUCAUGCGUAUAAUAUAAGAUCGUAGUACUAGUAAAGAAGGAGAAGGUGGCAUGGCGAUCAAUAAUUCAAGUAUGCUUUAAGAGAACUGAUACUACAUCUGUAGUGUGUCAAUCAAAUUGGGCCGGAGGGUUAAUACUGCUAAUUACAGAUUACAGUUGAUUAAUGCUGUUAAAUCUCAUACCAACACUUUGUUAUUUUA